AGGAAACAAACAUCCAUCCAGAAGGAACGGGAGACGGAGAGAGAAAGAGCGAGAGAGAGAGGUAGGAGGGCGAGGAAAGGGACAUUUAAACCCACCUAAACCUGCCUGACACCGAGGACAACGACACACAACAGUAAAGGACGUUACCAGGACCUGAAACGCUCGAGCUUUUUUCAUCUACCAGGACGAAAAACGGCCACUUUUUACCCCUGUCGUCUCGCGAGAAAACCUACGUCGAUUUUUAGCAGGUGAUGAUCUUGGAUUAUUGUUUUUUUUCUUCUUAAACAACGAUGAAAUCUGAAAAGAGCUCAGCUUGUGGAGCAAUGGCCCAAGAGACCAACCAGAGCCCGGUGCCCAUGCUUUGUGCCACCGGCUGCGGCUUCUACGGCAACCCUCGAACCAACGGCAUGUGCUCCGUGUGCUACAAGGAUCACCUGACGCGGCAGCAGAGCAGCGACCGCACGAGCCCCCUCAGCCCCAUGGGAUCGGCUGGUAGUCCUACCUCAGAGGCCUCGGCCAUCCAGAGACUAGAAGCCAGUCUAGCCAAGGUCGACUCCCCGGCCCCGUCGCCCGAAAUGUCUAGAACUGUUCAAGGAUCUCUUCCUGUGACUCAACAAAUGACAGAGAUGAGCAUCUCGAGAGAGGACAAACCUGAACCCUUAGAGCCCGUUGUAAAUCAGCCUGCUGCUUCUAGCCCUUCUCCUGUAGCUUCUUCCAGCGGUGAAGAAGGGAAGGGAGACGCCCCCAAACCCAAGAAGAAUAGAUGCUACAUGUGCCGCAAACGGGUCGGACUUACAGGCUUCGACUGUCGCUGUGGCAACCUGUUCUGUGGCAUCCACCGGUACUCGGACAAGCACAACUGUCCCUACGACUACAAGGCGGAGGCCGCCGCCAAGAUCCGCAAGGAGAACCCCGUGGUCGUGGCCGACAAGAUCCAGAGAAUAUAGAUUUUACUAAAACGACGGAGACAGCGGCGAUGACAACACCUCUUAUUGUAACAAAGACUGGAGAAGGAGUGGGAACCUUUGGAGAUGAGCGCUGGCUGAGUGAGGAUCGAAAGGACUUGAUUUUACAAAAUAACAACCUCAAGAGAAAUGACGGACAGGAAGACGAAGAGGAGAGUCUGAGGGAGAUGCAUGAAUGAUCACUUUUCUCCUGUUUUGAUUAAUUUGUUAGUUUUAUUUUAGCCUAUUUUCUGUGGUGUGACUUUGCCGCUGUUCAGUCCUUUUUAUUUUUAUUUUUUAUCUAAGAUUAUGUAUUGUCUUAUAAAGAGCAGCCCAAGCUAACUCUCGCCCAAACCAGGCGCCAUUUUGUGCCAAACCGUACACAGCCACGUUACUCACGACCCCCGUCCCGUGUCAGAAACUCGCCGGUCUUCUCCCGAUCCCUCGAUCCAUGUUUGAGCUCCUUGUUCUUUUUGCUCCGUUGGUAGUCGGUCAACGUUUUUGGAGAAGCCUACAACUGUCCCCCACCGUGCACAAGGGGCUUUGUGACUUUUGUCUCUGUCUUUCCUAGCUUUACCUACCUCACAGCUGCUGCCUUCGCUGUCUCCCCUGUCUUCCCCCCCCCCUCCCCCAGCGGAGCAAUGGAUCGUCUUUGAUCUUCGGCCUCAGUGACCCUCUGAUCAGCAUGUCUGUGUUGACUUUGAUCGGUUUGAUUGUGAUGAUGAGGCUGUUUCCGUUUCACUGCUGGAGGUAUCACGCCAGACAGGGACUGACAUAAGUGCUCCACGUUUUCACUGAAUCGCAACAUCUUCGAUGGAUAUAAAGGGUGAAGGAGUCCCCACCCCAAAUGGUCUGAGACGCCUGGUGCAGGACUGAUAGUUUGUUUUUCAACCUGCACCCUAUUUUUUUGUGUCUAAGUGACUGAUGGGAACAAGACACAAGCUGCAAUGUGACGUUAUCGGAACUAAAAGUUAUGUUGCUGCUGACAGACUCAGAUUAUUAUUCUAAGUGUCUGACAACAUUAUGGAAAGGAUCCCUACAGAGAUAGACCUUUUUAGUUUAACAUUAAACAGCUCUGAAAU